GAGAGGGGGCUGAGCGCUCUCGGCAGCCAUUUUCCUUAAACAGGACUCAAUGGCCUAUAUGGGUUUCCUUUGUUCCAAAGGGAUCUUACAUUUGAUUUCCUCAUCUCUCACGGACUAUGAUAAAACUAUGAUUUGCUCCUUUUAAAGGAUUGAGAAGAAGGAAGAGAAUGUACUGGAUGCAAUUACCCUGUGACAUUUUGAACCUUUUUUCCUCUGCCUGGAAUCCAUCUUUGUCUUAACUAGGUCAUGGCACACCCAUAUAACAGUAUUUCUAUUUCUUAAGUGAAAAGAAACCAAAAAAAAAAAAAUGUUGUGAAUAAACAGCUUUAUGGUUUUGGAGAUGUUUAAAAUGAGAGAGAAAGAGAGAGGGGGGAAAACACAGUUACAGUGACAAAAUGUGCAAUGGCAGGUUGCUGGCAUUACACUUGUGGCCUUGUAGGAUAUGAGUUGCAAUGAGUAAGUUCAAAUCUUUUAUAAUAAUUUAUCUUUAAUUUAACUCAGUAAUGUAAAAUGUGAGGCAUGCAGUUGCUGUUAUUAAAAGUAUUUCUGUCACUUUUAUCCUCUGAGCUGUCUGAUCACAUAUAAAUGCUGCAGCUUUAUUUCAAAUGUCCACUGGCAUGCUGACAUAAAAAACACACAGGCUACAGUCCAGGGUUUGUAACUAGUGCUCCUCAGGUGACUGAAAGCAGGCCACGGUUACCUUAAUGGCCACUUGUUAAAUAGUUUGACUGUUGACUGAUAAUCCAUUUGCUCUGAUUAACUUUUCCCACUUUUCCUCUCACAACAGCAAUGCUUAUAACACCCCUGGUGGCUCCUGUUUGCACCCUGUACUACAACUAUGGAGACAAGCGACUAGGUUUGUGCUGUCCACCUAAGAGAGAGAGCCAAAUGUGCAAAUGUCGACUUGACCUUGCUUCAAGGGCAUAAUUUAAAUUUCGAAAGAAGCCCCCCCUUUUUCUUUUCUUUUUAAAAAAAAAAAAAACAGCUUCUGCAGCGACUUUUCAAAACACAACCUAAGAGGAAAAGAGAUGGAGGGAAAACUUUCAGGGUGAAAAUAUUUACCUCAGCAGCACUUUGGUGAAAUGCAGUUAACAGGCCUAAACGCAGGGGCAGGAGGAAUGUUUUCAGCUCCAUCUUCGGAUCCUCUAAUAAUGGCAUUAAUAAGGGGUGGGAAUGCGCCUCCUGAAAAGGAAGGAAUCCAUUAGCAGGAAAAGAUAGAGCUCUUUUGAGAACUUUCUUUCUUUUUCUUUUUUUGAUCAGUGGUAGUUUUGCCUCUCAGCCAGCGAAUAUGCAUCUUCAAGCAUCAUCUGUGUGGGCAAUAUGCAAAACCAUCUCUUCUCUCUCUCCCUGAAGACAGGAUUGCAGUCGAUAAUAGCCUCUUCCUUUUUUUUCGACAUUUUCUAGCUGAUCUACACAUCACAUAAAACUACAAGGAAAUUGUUUUGGACAGGUAAUGGAUUUUUGAGCUAUUUUACUUCAUUUGCCAGCUUAUAUGUCUUCAUAAAGUAUUCUCACAGACAUCAGAAAUAGUUGAUGCAAAACGAUUUCAGCGUAACUGUUAAAAAAAAAAACAACUUUAACCCACAUUUUUAAUGAUAUUGCAAACUUACAGGUAGGAUUCAAAACAUGUAAUCCAAGUCUUAAACGAGCAAAAAAAGGGGAAGAAAUCUUGUGUUUUUUUUUUUUUAACUGCUUCCCUCUCUUCAAAUAGUGACGUUUUAGUGGUAUGUAGCUAAACUUGUUCAGUGGUUACUCUGCUGUUCUCUGUCUCAAAAUGGCUUCUUUACAGACAAAGGAGAGCACUGUGCUGUGGGAAAAAAAAAGCUGCUGCGCCAUAACUGGGUGAGGCUCAGGAGAGCCUUUUUUUUUUUUUUUUUUUUUUUAUCCGAGGACAAUUUCGGAAGGAAGUCAACACACGAAGCGCCACUGCGCGAUUUUUAUUUUUUAAUUCAUUUAUUUAUUUAUUUUUUCCAAAGAGUGGAUGGUUUACACUAAUUUUAAAAAGGGAAGAAGACGAGCGCGCGUGAGGAAGGCAACUUUAAUAAACGCGGUGUAGUCAGGCUCCCGGUUGCUAGGCUGACUCGCCCCGGAGAGCUCGUUGUUGCUACCCCUCCCCCCAGCCUAUACACACUUGCCAUAUAAGGUCAUGAAGAACCCGCAGCGGCGGGAGCGGCGCUGCUGUUUAGUAACUAGGCGAAAAUAACACGCAGUGUGCGCGUGAUCUCUUUGGCUUCAAAGUCCGGCGGAUCAACGGCUGCUUUACCAGAUUACACAAACACGAUAUGAGCGGGGUUUUUUUCGGUGAAGGAGUUAAAAAUACAGAAGGGGAGGGUCUUUAUUCACGUACGUAAAAAAGGAAAGGGAAGGGGGGUGUCUUUCUCUUUCUCUCUGUACCAGUGUGCGUGUCAGAGGCCUGUUUUUCUUGUCCACCCGCGGCUCCGACUACCAGACGCGCGCAUUCAGGUCACAGGGCUGCAGACACCCUUCCCCCUCUACCGCUUCCUCUCUCUCUCUUUUAUCUAUGUGCACACAGCCAGCUCCCGAUUAGAACUGUGAAGAGGGUUUUUGUGUGUGUAAAAAGUGAAAAUGUGACUUUUGGGGGGGAGUUGCGUUGAAAUUCGAAAUUGAGCUUAUUUAUAUGCCAUUUGUUUAUUUAAAAAAAAAAAAAAAAAAAAACUUCCCGAGUGGGUUGCGCACAUUCAGCUCAGCCGCUGGCAGUCUGGAAUAUUCCACCCAGAGAGGAUUGGCCCGGUUUUUUCCCCCUCUGCAGGACAGCUGUCAUUUUCUACUCGGAGAGAAAUAUUUUAACAAUUGUUCUUUGUUUAUUAAUUGAUCAAAAUGGGCUGCAUGCGUGUGGAUAUUUUGCACACCUACAGGACAAUUUAAUAUCCUUUUUUUUAAAGUCAUAUGCUAGACUGCCAGUUCCACCUUGUAGGUCAAACAAGCACUUAAAAAAAAAAAGAACUAUUAUACGUAGUUUUUAAGUUUAUUGUCCUAAAUACUGUAGCGUUUUGCACAAGAAGCGUGAAUAGGAAUUUCUGUGGAGUCUGACAGGCACACUGCUGUACCCUUAUGUCUUUUUGUACUUUCAGCUUUAGAUCCCGGUGGAUUGAAUCAAAUCGGGCAUCCUGGAGUUGGGUUUUUCAUUAUUUAUGGGUACACUUGCUUCUUCAAGGAUUUUCCCCACUCCCCCAUGCAGUUGGUACUGUAAAACCACGCUUUCUUCUUUCUAGAUCUUAAAUAUUUACAUGUGUAGUGUAUUGGUGUAACCUUCCACAUGAUUGUCUGUAAUCUAGUCUCUUUGGAAGUUUUAUUACCUGUGUGUGUUUCUGAGAUGUUGAAAUAAAUAGAUUAUGCAUUAAUUUUAAUGUUUUGUUGUUGUGGAAACUGAAGGAUUGUAUUUUUUAAGUUAAAUUUUAGGCCCAUGCUUAAAACAGUGUUUUAACAAUAAAAAUGCUGUAGGGUGAGGUUAUUGAAGGAGUGGAAACACAUUUAUUUUGUGACAGUAAAGGUGCCUUUAUCCAUAUUUUAAGCAUUACAUAUUUAAAACAGGCAACGGGUGUCAGCUUUUUCUCUUAAAGGGACAGGUUGCUCACAUUUUCACUGUAUCGUCAAACCCUUGGAUUGAAUUAGACUUUGUAGCCUACAUCAGCAUAUGUUCAAGUGCCUUUAUGGCAGGGAAAUGUCAAAAGAGUGACGCCAAAUGCAGUAUUUGGUGUGUUGUGAUCAUAUAUGGUUAUUCCCUGUGAUCUGCUUUCUCCUGACACCCACUGUCACCAGCAUUAUUGGAACUGAUAACCACUCAUUGACACGGCUCAAACAUACCUGCUUUCUUUUACUUUCUGCUGUAUUUGUCAUUUAAUAUCCAGUUGCAUCUCAAAGGCAGUAAACCUGAUUUCAUCUGUUCAUUUAUCUGUUUCACCACAAGCUGAUUUACCCACAUCCAGCACAGUGUUUAGCUCUAGUUUGUAAACACUCACCCCUGGAAUGCCAGCUAAUACACCCGAAACACUGACAAAGGAAAAAAAAAAAAAAAUCCUCGUGCCCUUGAGCAGACUCAUCACAUCCUAAAAGCAUCCAUAAACUGCACCCUGGGAAGAGAGAAAGUAGUUUGUCCUGAUGCACCAUCUGUGAUGUCACAGCCUGAACAGAGAAGCAUUACUCACAUCCUGCUGAGGACUCAUGAUCACAUGGUGCAGAAAAUAAUUUAAUUUUAAAGUAAUAUACAAUCCCUUAUAUCUAACCUGAAAACACUGGUGCUCAGAUGCUUUUUCUUUUCAGAUAUAUUAAAGAUUCUACAUGCAAACUGGUUGCAUGCUUUCUAAACUGAUAUAACGUUGCAGCCUGACAGUGGAAAAGGCAACUAAAAAAAAACAAUGAAAUGCAAACAGACGCAGUAUACUUGAAGAAUCUGAGAGGAGGUGCCCUUUUACCUGGAAAAAGCUCACAUUUAGAUGGGUGCACCCAGCAACCCAUUCAGCCUCACCAGAGCGUGUUUCACACCUCCACAGACAGGAAUCUAGAAACCUCUGUAGUGACAGCUGUCAGUGUUAACAAAAAGCUGCUGAGCUUGCAUCAGCAUGAAAAGUGAACAUUUCUCAGUGUUGUCCCCAUCACACACACACACACAUCACACGGUCAGCGGGGGCAGUGCUUCAGAUUGAGUUCCCACCCAGAAAAUGAAAUACGCAAACACACGCAGUAGAGGAAGUGGGAGCAGCCAGACUCAAUGUAACUCAGCAACAGCAGUAUGCUCUCAGUGAGAAGGCUGAUAAUAGGAUAGGAGAGAAGUGGGGGGUCAACAGGAGACAGGCUCAGUGUGACAGGAACAGGAAGUGGUGAGCAGAGUGAGCUACCUGGUAAAACAUGAGGCUUGCCUGUUCCUCUCUCUGCCUGACACUCCCUGUUAAUCAUCUCAGCCAUUCAAAAAAUAGAUUCACCAGACUUUGCCAUGUAUGUAAGUUAAAUCUGGAGGGAGCACCUGCUUGACAGUUUUGGAGGCGAGAUGACACAAAACGGUGAAAGGACCGGCACCACGAAAAAGGGAGAUGAACUUAAAAUUGUAAUUGUGGGAGAUGGAGGCUGCGGGAAAACAUCUCUUCUGAUGGUUUAUGCCAAAGGUGAUUUUCCAGAGAAAUAUGCACCUUCAGUGUUUGAAAAAUAUUCCACGACUAUCACUCUCGGAGGAAAAGAGAUAAAGCUCAACCUGUAUGACACAGCCGGACAGGAUGACUACGAUCGACUGAGGCCACUUUCAUACCAAGAAGCUAAUCUGAUUUUAGUCUGCUUUGAUGUUACAAACCCAACCAGUUAUGAGAAUGUCCAGAUAAAGUGGCACCCAGAGGUGAAGCACUUCUGUCGGGACACGCCAGUCAUCCUGAUUGGCUGCAAGACCGACCUCAGGAAGGACAAAGAGUGUGCAAGGAAGCUGAAGGCCAUGAAUCUGGAUCCAAUCACUUACAUGCAAGGUGAGGAGACCCGCCAGCAGAUGAAUGCAGAGCUCUACCUCGAGUGCUCAGCGAAAUAUCAGGAGAAUGUGGAAGACAUUUUCAGAGAGGCAACAAAGAGAGCUUUGGCCUUCAAUCGAAAACAGAGGAAUAAUAAGAGGAAGAAGAAAUGUGUCAUUUUGUGAAUGUAUAAAAAGGACAGGCCAGAAGGACCCCUUUAUUCAGAGAGGCACAGAAUAUGCUGGGCACCCUGCACAGAUGUGGAAACCUUGAGUCCCUGCCGGUUUGGGGCCCUGAGGAGCCAUCAGCACAUCUUCCCUCACAGUUACUACUGAUUACACAACAGGAAAGACUACUGUGCAAGUUCCGAAGUGCAGGGUGUUACGUUCAUGUUGUUUCAAGUAUUUAAAAAAAAAAAAAAGAAAAAAAGAUAUACAUGUAUUUUUCUUCCUCAGGAAUUUUGUACUGUCUGUAGCUGUUUUACCAAAAACAUAUUUAUUGGUGAGUUUUUGUAUUUUUUUAAACAAAUAUCCACUCUGUGACACUAUAGUGUUGCAGCUUUUACAGUCUAGAUGAGAAACUCACGACUUUAAGUUGUUUUGUGGUCGGCGUCCUGAAGCAGGUCUCUUAGCUUUGCCAACAGCGCCCACUAGAGGUGAAAAUCCAGAAUGUGUAGAUCGGUUUGUCACAUUGUCAACAUUGUAAUGGGUACAGAUAACGCCUCCCAGGUAAGAAAGAGUGCCUUAUUGUUCUUAAUUAGGCGUCAUUUCCACCUUAAUGGACAUAGACUGAAAAACUCUGAGCGCAAACUGCAUACUUGAAAUGACUGAAAAUAAUUUUUUAAAAUAUUUAAAAAAAAAAAGAGGAAAUCAAGUGUUUUAAUAGCAUCAGAUGUGAUUAAUUGACCUCAUUAAAAAUGAUAAAACAGAUACUGUUCUCUUCAGGAGCAUGAUGAUGGCGCUGAACGUAAAUUAAUUCAAAUAUUUAAUGGGUAUGUGGAUUGGAAUAAAAAAAAAAAAAAAAAAAUCCAGCACAUUUAAAAAAAAAAAUCAUAACUCAGCAUCAGUCUUACAGUAUCAGUACCAAUAGCAGUAUUUAAUCAAAAUACAUUUCUCCAACAUCAUGUAACAAAUUGAUAACUAGCAGCACAGUAAUGUUAAAAAACGUCCCUCAAACACUGUACAUUGCUUCACUUAAACUUUGUGAGGAAAUGUUUAAAUAGCUUGAAGCAAAAUGUCGCUCAGUGAAAUAUGAUCAACUUUUGUACAUUUAAAAGUUUGCAUUCUGUUAAUGAGAACAUGAAACGUUUCACCUCGGUGUGGAGGCAGUACAAGUUAUAUGACUCUUAGGUAACUAAAUUUAGACUUUAGAGCAUUUAAAAAAAA